CACAACCUUUCUGUUGACACUAGGUUAGGGGAUAAGCUAGUAUUUUACACCUGCUUUAAUUUACACACAGACGUGUUUUCCAUAAGCAAUGUUCGAUUUCGAUGAUGAAGACUACGUUAUUGAAGAGGAUAAAAUUGUCCGCGAUAUUCUUGAUCUCCCAAAAGAAGACUCAAAAACAGAUGAUGAUAAAAAUGCAGAAGAGGAAAAGAACGAUGAUGAAGAAGACAAUCUUUUGGACAUAAAAUCUAUAGAAAAUGGAAUAGAAGAUUCAAUUCCUAUGUAUGGAUAUCAGCGGUCUUAUCCUGACACACUGGGGAUGACUAUCACAUCAGGGAUAGUAACCAUAACCAAGGACCAGGGGAAUCUUAUAGGCAUCAGUAUUGGAGGAGGUGCCCCACUCUGCCCUUGCCUGUACAUUGUCCAGGUGUUUGACAACACCCCGGCAGCCAAGGAAGGUACUCUACAGAGUGGGGAUGAGCUGGUCGGAGUCAACGGACAAUCUGUCAAGGGCAAGACCAAGGUCGAAGUGGCCAAGAUGAUACAAGCUUGCAAGGGCGAAGUUCAAAUAAAGUACAAUAAGCUGCAUGCAGAUCCACAGCAGGGCAAGAGUUUGGACAUCAUAUUGAAGAAAGAGAAACAUCGGCUGGUGGAAAAGAUGAGUUCGUCCACAGCUGAUGCGCUUGGUCUGUCUCGGGCAAUACUGUGCAACGACGUGCUCGUGAAGAAGCUCGAUACGCUGGAGGCGACUGAGGCGAUGUAUCGUUCUCUCAUCGACCACACGAGCAAACUGCUCAAUGCUUUCUUCCUUGUGCUCAAACAGUACAAAGCGUUCGGUGAGGUUUUCUGCGCCAUCGGAGUGAGAGAGCCCCAGAGGCGCGCCAGUGAAGUGUUUGGUCAGUUCGGAGGAUAUCACCGCCAGAUGGCCAACCUGGGCGUGCAAGCGUUGGAGUCUCUCAAGCCUAUAUUGGCUGACCUAGACACUCAUCUCACUAAAGCUAUCCCCGACACCAAACAGACGAUCCGCAAAUACGCUGACACCAAAUUUGAGUACCUCUCGUACUGCUUGAAGGUGAAGGAGAUGGAUGAUGAGGAAUACAGUUACUCCGCGUUGCAGGAGCCGUUGUACCGAGUAGAGACAGGCAACUACCAGUACAGGCUGAUCCUUAGGUGUAGGCAAGAUGCCAGGGCCAGGUUUGCCAAGCUGCGCUCGGACGUGUCAGUUAAGCUAGAGAUGCUAGACAACAAGCAUGUGCAGGGUGUUGUGGCCCAACUACACAAGUUGGUGUCGUCUCUCAGUAGGUUCCACCAGGAGACGCUCAAUGUCUUCCCUCAGGCCAUGUUCCCCAUAGAGAUGGACCUGAGUCGCACUGCUUUCCAUUACAAGUCUACGACACCGGUAGUUCAGUAUGAAGAUGACGAUGAAGAUAUUCUUGACGGGGAAGAGGCGGUUGAAAAUAGUUUGGAUGAGAAUGGAGUCACAAAUUUGCUUGAAGGAGUGGAACAGCUGAAGUUAGACUUAUCUCAACCACCUCCGGAGCAGAACAUUGAGUCAGACUUUGACCUUUUCAAAGACCUCCAGAUCAACAACUCCGAUCAGCUGAUCCCAGGGCUUGAUCUCUCCCCUCUCUCGCCAACAGAAAAUGACAACUUGAUUGGGAUCAACUGAGACUUCAAUGUUCUAUUUUGCAUUUAUGAAUUUGCUGUUGUGUUAUUGCUUGUGUGUUAUAAAUCCAGAUUAUUUAUUCCACGAUUUUAAAA